GACAGUAUAAAACCCCCACCGUGGCCCCCUCCCCCAUUACAGCCUUCAUUCUCCGAAUCCUCAACGUCGGCCGAAGGAAAGAAAUCUGUCAAAAUGAUAGCAUUAAAAGCCACACUGCCGUUGUUGGAUAGGCUGUGGGUUUGGGUGCAGUGGAGACGGACUCAGCACUGUGACGAAGGGGACUCAGAGCAUGUGGGGCUGACGCCAGAGAACUGGCACAGUUUCCUCCACCAGCGGGAGGAAAGCACAUUACAGUCAGAAGCACUUGCCUCAAUUUGACGUAGAAAUGAAUUUUCAAGAACAAUUAUUCCAUUUGUUUGGGUGGAGAGGUAUUUACAAAAUUGUUUACUUGAACAUUUGUUUUGGCUAAAUGCUAUUUUUUUGUACUUUCAUUCUUGAGUAAUAACAGGGGAGGGGAUUUUUGUAUCUGGGUUGAGCAGUUAUGACGGGAAAAAAAGUUUGAGUAUGGUUCUAGAGGACACAAUCAGAUAUCCUGUCUGUGCGUUACACAAAGCAGCGCGCUUUGGCACUGAGGGCUGAGUGGGGAGUGGCCUGCCGGGCUAUGGAUUUUUCCUCUGUAGCACUGGGAGUUCAUAACUGCACUGCUGGUUUCAUUGGAGAACGACUGCCCCCUCUCAUUGAAGACAGGCGUGAGUGUAUUUCUAUGCAUGUCGGCCAGGCCGGAGCCCAGAUGGGCAAUGCAUGCUGGGAAUUGUACUGCCUUGAGCAUGGGAUCCAGCCUGAUGGACAGAUGCCCAGUGAUAAGACAAUCGGAGGGGGAGAUGACUCGUUCAACACCUUCUUCAGUGAGACUGGGGCUGGCAAACACGUUCCUCGUGCAGUCUUUGUGGACCUGGAGCCAACAGUCAUCGAUGAAGUACGCACAGGUACCUACCGCCAGCUGUUCCACCCCGAGCAGCUUAUCACAGGCAAGGAGGAUGCUGCCAACAACUAUGCCCGUGGUCACUACACCAUUGGCAAGGAGAUCAUCGACCUGGUACUCGAUAGGACUCGCAAACUGGCUGACCAGUGCACUGGGCUCCAGGGCUUCCUGAUCUUCCACAGCUUUGGAGGAGGAACCGGCUCUGGGUUCACCUCCCUGUUGAUGGAACGUCUCUCUGUCGACUAUGGGAAGAAGUCCAAGCUUGAAUUUGCUGUUUACCCUGCUCCCCAAGUUUCUACGGCUGUGGUGGAGCCUUACAACUCCAUCCUGACUACCCACACCACCCUUGAGCACUCGGACUGUGCCUUCAUGGUGGACAAUGAGGCCAUCUAUGAUAUCUGCCGCAGGAACCUGGACAUUGAGCGCCCCACCUACACCAACCUCAACAGGCUGAUUGGUCAGAUCGUCUCCUCCAUCACCGCCUCCCUGCGCUUUGAUGGAGCUCUCAAUGUGGACCUGACAGAGUUCCAGACCAACUUGGUGCCCUACCCCCGUAUCCACUUCCCUCUGGCCACCUAUGCUCCAGUCAUCUCUGCUGAGAAGGCCUACCAUGAGCAGCUGUCUGUUGCUGACAUCACCAACGCCUGCUUUGAGCCAGCCAAUCAGAUGGUGAAAUGUGACCCACGUCACGGCAAGUACAUGGCCUGCUGCCUGCUCUACCGUGGUGACGUUGUGCCCAAAGAUGUCAACUCUGCCAUUGCCACUAUCAAGACCAAGCGCACAAUCCAGUUUGUGGACUGGUGUCCCACUGGCUUCAAGGUCGGUAUCAACUACCAGCCACCCACAGUGGUCCCUGGAGGAGAUCUGGCCAAGGUCCAGAGAGCUGUGUGCAUGCUGAGCAACACCACCGCCAUCGCUGAGGCCUGGGCAAGACUUGACCACAAGUUUGACCUGAUGUACGCCAAGAGAGCCUUUGUGCACUGGUAUGUGGGAGAGGGCAUGGAGGAGGGAGAGUUCUCAGAGGCCAGAGAAGACAUGGCAGCCCUGGAGAAGGAUUAUGAAGAGGUGGGUACUGACAGCAUCGGAGAAGAUGAAGAAGGAGAGGAGUACUAAAGGGUGUAACUCCUGAUCUGCUGAUGUUCCAUUAAUAUAGUCUACCUGUCCCGGAUAGUGCAAGUAGUAAAAAAACAACAAAAAGGGUUUAACGGACUAAUAUUGGAAAUCAUUCCAUAGAGUAAGCCCAUUCCACCCAGCUACAAGAAGAACCUCCCUCUCUCACAUCAGCCAUUUUAAAUAAAAUAUGAAAAUAAAA